GACAGACCCUCUUCAGGUCUUGCUCGGUUCCAUUGAAGGUUUCAUUAACAUUCAUUGUGCACACAUCAUGAUUUCCCGGUUCGCAAAGUCUUUUCUGGCGAUUGUCCUUGGCCUCUUUCUGCUGGCCACAAUAGCAUUCCUUCACCCACCUUCUCGUGCGUACAUCGACCCAUGGACUGGCGACUUAUUCGGUGAAGGCGGCGUCGAACAAGAUCUACGCCCUCCUCUUUAUGAUAGCUCACGACCUUUAUCAGCUCAGGGAGGUGUCAUCAUGUCGAAGCUGGGGAAUGAAACUGCCAAGGCGGAACUCGGUCGCGCGACUUGGAAGUUGUUACAUACCAUGACUCUACGGUAUCCUGAGCGCCCGUCACAGGACGAGAGAGAUGCUUUGAAUUCGUAUUUGCAUCUUACGUCGCGCCUAUACCCCUGUGGCGAAUGCGCAGCCGAAUUUCAAGAAUUGUUGAAGAAAUUCCCGCCACAGACAGGAUCGAGAUUGGCAGCAAGUCUAUGGCUGUGCUCAGUACACAACAAAGUCAACGAGCGGUUAGGAAAACCGUUAUUUGACUGUGCCCACCUUGAUGAAACGUAUGACUGCGGGUGUGGAGACGACAAAUCAACGUCCGCAGCACGACAACCAGCGUUACCUGACAGCGCUGACGACCCAAUGGAUCUAGAAUGGGACACUGUACGAGACGACGUCACUGGUGUAGGAAUGAUCAAAGGUGGGAGGCGGUAGCCACCUCGCUGCCAAGUAUGUCUGAGUUGGGUCCUGGCAUCAUUGAUCGGCUUUUGUGCUUUCGUAUCUAAUGCUUUGGAUGUAUCUUCUACAGCUGUGCAUGCAUAUAUGUAUAUACCUUCCUCUCUUUACUUGGAUAUGCUGAUGUACCAUGGGUUAUACGGUGAACUUAUACCGGUUAAUGGUUCAACAAGGCUGGGUAUUCACAUUAAUAUUAUUGGUCUUUGUUCACUUUCGCUGCAGUGAUGCAAGAUUAUAUCUUACAUUCAGCCUGAGUAUAUAUCCUAGCGAUUUCAAGCUGCCAAUUUGUUCUUAGAGAUUUCAAGACCG